CUGUCGAUCACCCGGCACAAACAAAACCAGCUACUCCAAACGCAGCAGCUAGCGUUAGCUCGGAAACAAAUCCGAUUGAUUAUUGCACUUUCCGGACCAAUGACUAACAAAAACAAAUCAAAUCCACUGUUUCAAUUGGAUAUCUAAUAUAGUGAGUCUAAUCUGCUGUCGUCUAUCACCAUAUUUCCCGUUGCAGUAACAGGUAAAGAUGCUUUCUACUGGAGAUGUCCAAGGUUGUCUUCGUAAACUGGAAACUCUACUGCGGGCCAUAAAGUAUCCAGGACACGUCGACUACAAUGGCCUUUCCAAAGGAGAUCCCUCAGCUUUUCUACCAAUCGUGAGUUUCACCCUCACUUCCUUUUCUCCUCCUUUUGCUGAGCAACUCAUGGCAACUGGACUCGAUGUGACGGGCAAAACUGACCUCCGAUUCACUGACACUCUUUAUAAGGUACUACGAGAUGUUUUCCACUAUAAACCCAUAUUGACCAAGCAGCAGUUCCUCCAGUGGGGUUUCUCUCAAAGGAAAAUCUCGGUCAUCUGUGACAUCAUUAACUUGGUCCUGCAGAAACACAAUCAACUGAAGAAGCCCAGAGUCAGAUGUCCUGCCUCAAACAAGGAUGGCAGAGGUGGAGCUCAUCCCCCACUGACUGAAGCAGACACUGUGUCCAAUAUACCAUUUGUUGUAAAUCACACACACAGUCCCACAAAGCCACACCAUGUAGAAGUAUUCUCCUCUAAUUCUCCUGGAAUUCGGAUCCCAGAGCUGGCAGCAGGGGAGGAGGACAAGGAGAACAGUCCUUAUUCAUCAGAUGUGGAAGGAAGACUCUCAGCACUGGAGGUUCAACUAGAGAGUCUUUCUGGGCUCCACAGGCUAAGUAUCCUGGAGAAACGCCUGGAGAAACUCGAGACAAAUAAUGACAAGAAUGAAGGAGAAGUCAUCACCAUAUCCAGAGAGAGCUGGGAAAAUCUGAUGAGCAGAGUCCUGUUACUGGAAACUAAACUAGAACUGAGCAAUGCACAGUUUAAUGCCCGACCGCCAAGUGCACCAUCUACCUCAUCCUAUUCUUCCAACAUGUCUGAUGCUUCAAAGGAGGACCUCAAGGACAAGCUGGAGAGAAUCACUAACAUGCUGAAGAGCACCUCGACUCUGCUGAAGAGCACCGAGUCCUCCACAACACCCUGCAAAUGAAUUCUGAUAAAUGAGGAUCAUUUCAGUUUGGUUUAAUGUAAUUUUAUGUCAUCUUGGUAAUGUUCAUAUUCCUAAUAAAAGCUAAUUAUCACACUGUGAUGUCUGCUUUGUAAAUUUUCUAACAAGCUACUGAGGAACUUGUGUAGAUGAUUUUAUGUCUCAAGUGAAGUUAUUAAGAAGUAGAAAUACUGUCAUCAUAACAGUAACUGUUGAGGAAUAAAGGCUUUAUUCAUGAAA